UCCAAUAUGGCGGAAAGCGUCACUAAAUUUUAGAAAAUCAAAAGUUAUUAUCGGUUUUCUUCAAUAUGGCAGAAGGUAUUGCAUCUCUGGACCCGGGAAUAAUAUCAGACGUGAAACGACUUUUGUGGGGAGAUGAUUUAAAAGAGGAAGUGUUUUUAAGGUGGAUGCAAGGGUUUGCAUUCAGUGAAAAUGAGGCCACAGCAUUGGUACAGUAUGAAGGUGGUCCAUGUGCAGUUAUUGCCCCUGUUCAGGGAUUCAUUAUCAAGAAUGCACUGUUCAGCCAGAGACCUGUGGAAGACUUCUCACAAGUUACAGUGGAAGAAAGCACUGAACUGCUUCUGCAAGCAUUGUGUGAUAUAUUCAUACAUGUAUCUUCUGGGGCUUACACAAUUCUGAGUCUGGAGCAGGAGUCAUGUGACAGCAACAACCAAUCAGAAAGCAGCAACCAGAGUGAGGCUGGACAGAGUUCUUGUAAGAAGUCUAGACUGGACCAAGAAAUGUUCCAUUCCAAAUUAAGGUGUACAAAAUGUUCUGAUAUAGAAAUGAUGAGAAGAAAUAUGAAGACAAACAUUUCAGAUUAUAUGGGACCAUCUGGGGUACUCUUGUACCUGUACUCCAUAAUUUUAACCAAAGGUAUAGAACAAAUAAAGAAUGAGGUUGAAGACCCUGGAGAACCUCUUAUAGAUGGUAUACAUGGUCACGGCAGCCAGAGUUUAAUCAACUUAUUGAUAACAAGUAAAGCAGUAACAAAUGUAUGGGAUAAUGAUAAAGAUGUCUCAGGUUUAAAGUUACACGGUGUAUCAAGAAGAGCUUUUAUAGGAUUUUUAUCUUUUAUGGAACAUCUUAGAUAUUGUGAAGUAGGUUGGAAUUUAAAGAACCCGGAAUAUCCAGUUUGGCUAAUAGGAAGUGAAACUCAUUUAACAGUGUUGUUUUCUAAGAAUAGAAAUUUAGUAAUCACAGAAACAUUAGAGUCCAAUGCUAGAAGAAUUUUUCAAACAUUUGAUCCAGAAGGAAAUGGAUUUAUAGCAACCAUUGUACUAGGUGAUUUAUUGGCAGCAUUAGAUCUUGUUUCAGAUAAAGAGUAUGUAGAUAUAAUGGCAUCCAAGUUAGAUGCCGAGAACCUGGGUAUCAUCACACAGAGCAGCUUCUUUGAGGAAUUUUUUGCAGGGGAGACAACUCCUGAAGUACCAAAGAAAUUUAAAUUGUACCAUUACAAUGGACUAGCAAGGUCUUGCCAUGAUAAUAAGGUUAUGUAUCAUGACUGUGAUGCUGUUCUACAAGACGAAAUAGAAGUUCAAUUAUUAAGUGAUGUCACACCUAUGAAAAUGGUAUUGUUGACAAAAUGGCCAACAAUUGAAGUUAAAUGGAAAGAUGAAAUUAUACCAUCAUUGAACUAACAAAAUGGCCAAUAGUUGAAUAGUUGAAGUUAAAUGGAAAGAUGAAAUUAUACCAUCAUUGAACUAACACAAUGGUUGACAAAUUGAAGUUAAAUGGAAGUAUGACUUUAUACCAUCAUUAAACUAACACAAUGGUCAACAGUUGAAGUUAAAUGGAAAGAUGAAACUAAACCAUCAUUAAACUAACAAAAUAUCCAGCAUUUAAAGUUAAAUGUAAAGUUGAAGUUACACCAUCAAUGAACUAACACAAUGGUCGACAGUUGAAGUUAAACGAAAUUAGAACAUCAAUGAACUAACAAAAUGGCCAACAGUUAGAGUUAAAUGGAAAGAUGUAGUAAUACUAUCAUUGAACUAACAUAAUGGUCGACAAUUGAAGUAAAAUGGAAAAAUGAAAUAGCUUGGUUCAACUGACAAAGUGGCUGUCACUUGAUGUUAAUGCAAAAAUGAAGCUACUCCUUGUUUAAAUGAACAAAAUGGCAAAAAUUUGAUGUUAAUGGAAAAAUGAAGCUAUGCCAUGGUUCAACUAAUUGCAUUUGAGUUAUAGUUAAAGGCGGUGGUAAACCAUAAUUAAAUUAACAAACUGGCUUGCACUUGAAUGGAGUGAUAAAGUUAUAUGAUAGUUAAACUUACAAAGUUGCCAAAAUUGACACAUGAUUUCAUGUAUCAUUUUUUAUUAACAGCUAAGAUUACUUGUCAUGAAAUAUGUGUCACCAUGUGUUGUGAUUUCAUUUUAUUUAUGACAGUACCGUAUCUUCACUGCAAUUCCGUGUUUCUGAUUCUGAAUAAGAGAUGCAAUUCUGUGUUUCUGAAUAAGAGAUUGAGUGUUCUGAUAGUGUACAAGAAAUGGUAGAUUAACAUAAAAGAUAUGUUCUGUACUGUCAGAUUCACCACCUUGUACAAUGUGUUUUUGCAAAGCAAUAUUUGAGCUGCACCAUAAGAAAACCAACAUAAUGCAUUUGCGACCAGCAUGGAUGCAGACCAGCCUGCGCAUCCGCGCAGUCUGGUCAGACUCCAUACUGUUCGCUAACAGUUUCUUUAAUUGCAAUAGGGUUUGAAAGGGAACAAGUAUGGAUCCUGUCCAUACAGAGUGCGCAUGCUUGUCUGGACCCAUGCUGGUCGCAAAUGCACUAUGUUGGUUUUCUCAUACAUACAUAUAUGUGUAGUAAAUCCCUAUAUGUAACAAAAGCACCAGUAAAAUGGUCUGAUAACUUUAACUGAAUCAAUUGUUGCAGUUAAACCUACACAUUUAAGAUGAAUAAGUUGGCUUUUACUGGUACAUUUAAAUGUGUAUGGUGACAUUAAUGAAGUGUUUGCAAUAUUGUGAAAUUUGUCACUGCAGAUGCUUGUUAAAACAAAAAAGAAAAUCUUUCAUACCAUAUAUAUUCACUAAUUAAUACGCCCUCCAACUGAUAUUAUAAAGGCUGCAUGCUGCCUCCUACCCAAAUAUAAUAUCAGUGAAACUUUUAUUUAGAUAAUAAGUAAGAAAUGUAGAUAAAUGAGAUAUAUAUUUUUAGGGCCUUAUCCCUUGCACCCUUUUUAGCUUGACUUUUCGAAGAAAAAGUAGAGCUAUUGCACUCAACCCGGUGUCGGCAUCGCCGUCGCUGUUGGUUAAACUUUUUGAUAAAGUCUUAUAUCUCUGUUACUAUCAAAGCUAUUGACUUGAAUCUUAAAAUAAUUAUUAAAUAUCAAAGUCUACACCAGGAGAAACAAUCCACUUAACUCUGAUUUGAAUUUUGACAGCAUUAUGCCCCUUUUCAACUUAGAAUUUUUGGUUUAAGUUUUUGAUAAAAUCAAAUAUAUCUGUUACUAUCAAAACUAUUGACUUGAAACUUAAAAUACUUCUUUACCAUCAAAGUCUACACCAGGAGAAAUAAUCCCCAUAACUCUGAUUUGAAUUUUGAUAGAAUUAUGCCCCUUUUUAACUUAGUAUUGUUUGUAAAAAAAAUUGAUAAAGUCAAAUAUCUCUGUUACUUUUAAAGCUUUGACUUUAAACUCAAAAUAGUUAUUUACUAUCAAAGUCUUCACCAGGAGACACAAUUCUCAUAACUCUGAUUUGAAUUUUGACAGAAUUAUGCCCCUUUUUAACUUAGAUCUUUUGGUAGAAGUUUUUUUAUAAAGUCAAAUAUCUCUGUUACUAUCAGAGCUAUUGACUUGAAACUUAAAAUACUUAUUUACCAUCAAAGUCUACACCAGGAGACACAGUUCCCAUAACUCUGGUUUGAAUUUUAACAGAAUUAUGCCCCUUUCUAAUCAAGAAUUUUUUGUUAAAAUUUUUGAUAAAGUCAAAUAUCUCUGUUACUAUUAUAGUUUUGGACUUGAAACUCAAAAUAGUUAUUUACUAUCAAAGUCUACACCAGGAGACACAAGUCCCAUAACUCUGAUUUGAAUUUUGACAGAGUUAUGUCCCUUUUAACUUGGACAGCUCUUGUUGUAAAAUGUAAUACACAACUGUGUAUUAAUAAGGGAGUAUAUGGUAUAUGCAUGCCUCCUCUAGAAUGAAAGCACAACCUCUCAAAUGUCUUAGAAUAUUAUGGAGAUGAUUUAUUUCAUUUUGUUAAUGAAAAGUAAAUUUGAUGUAUUAUUUGAUUAUUUAUAAUAAUUGAGCCACGCCAUGAGAAAACCAAUGCAUCGCGCAGUCUGGUCAGGAUCCAUGCUGUUCACAAUCAGUUUCUCUAAUUCCAAUAGGCUUUGAAAGCAAACAGCAUGGAUUCUGACCAGACUGCGCGAAUGCGCAGGCUGGUCUGGAUCUAUGCUGGACGCAAAGCCACUAUUUUGGUUUUCUCAUGGCGUGGCUCAAUUGUUUAUUAAUUUGCAUAAAAGAGAUCAUAUAGUUGACUAUUAUGACAAGUGAAGUUUGAACAAAAUCAGCGAAGUUUUAUUUUUAAUAUGAUGUCAGUUUAGAGAUAAAUUAAAAUUAUGUAAAUUAUUCCUGAUGCAGUUGAUGCUCACAAAUGCGAAACUAAAGGUUAAAAAACUGAAUAUAUCUUUCUAUUGAAGUAGCGCGUGAGCUCUUAACUGACAUUUUAAAUCAUUAAGCUGUCUUGGGGGUGUCUUUAGUUGUUCGAAAUACAUGUUAUAUUGUAAAAAUUUACCCUGUUUUAGAUUCUGUGUUGUUCAUAUUUCUAGGCUUUUUUUAUUAUGGAAACCAUUCACUGUUACUUUACGAAAGAUUUCUGCUUAACCAGUGCUAGGGGAUGUGAGUGGUGUAACACAUUUCUUUAGCUGUGCUGCACAGAUUCAGUCAAACUGAGUCUAGUAUUGUUUUGCUUUGCUAUGUUCAGUGCUUCCAAAGGAUCUUUCUCAUUGAUUUGAUUAUGAGGAAAAGUUUGAAAUUGCUACCAGAUAUUUAAAUUUUUUUUCCAGUGGAUUCGAUACUUAGCAAAGCUUACAACUAUUGACAACAGUGUUUCCUUGUUGACAUACAUGACACCUGUAGCUCAUUUAUUAGUAAGAACUCUUUUUGUGGUGAAUUCAAGUGGUUACAAAUUAAUUUCUGCACAUGCUUAAAGGAACCUUUCAUGUAUUUAUUUUUAUAAUUUCAAAGGCUGCUUUACUGGAUCAAGCGCAUUUGAUUAAGAAUCUCAGAGAGCAGUUUAGAUGACAGUAAAUAUUUGAGCUGCGCCAUGAGAAAACGAACAUAGUGCGUUUGCGACCAGCAUGGAUCCAGACCAGCUUGCGCAUCCGCGCAGUAUGGUCAGGAUCUAUGCUGUAAAGAUGCGCAGGCUGGUCUGGAUCCAAGCUGGUCACAAAUGCACUAUGUUCGUUUUCUCAUGGUGCGGCUUAUUUCUGUAACUGUUCGCAAUUACUAUAAGAUUGGCAAGAGAAGAUUGGCUGUUUGAACGUAGGCAAUGUGAACGCAAGAGAAGAUUGGCUGUUUGAACGUAGGCAGUGUGAACAAACUGUCAAUACUCUCCAUUAUAUUUUCUUGCCUUAUUUCCUAUAUACAUUGUAUAGCGUAUCGAUGGCAAAACGGAAAACUGAUGUGACUUGUGCUCUAUUGUAUACGGGUUAUUGAAGUUUUUCAUUAGCUGUCAAUAUUUUGUUACUAGAUUGCAUUGUUGAGGUUAAAUAAAACACUGCUCAAUCGAGCAUCAUUAAUGCACACCUGGGUUAACUUGAGCAAUUCAUUUUCCCUUAAAUGUUGUUUUGAUUGUUCAAAACUGGGGACAACUCAAAUAUUUUACUCAUCUUGCACUUUUACUAUAUUAUAUAAAGCAAUGAGUCUCCAAUAAUACAUUGUCAGCUGUAUUGUUUAUUUAACCAGUUUUGUAUCUAAAAUUUUCUUUUAUUACUUUUUUAAUUAAUUCAUGAAAAUAUUGAUAAUGUACAUUUUCUGUGAGGAACAUACAUGUAUGUAGUGAUUGGUUUUAAAGUUAAGUUAUCUUCCCAUGGUAAUUUUUUUUAUAAAAAAUACUUUUUAUACUUUAUUCUUUUUCAAAUUACAAUUUGGCUUUUUGGUUGUUAGAUUCUUGUAAUAUUUUGAAGGAUCCAAGUUGUGUAUAUAUAGAAAUGUAAAAAAUUUAGAAAGAAAUGUUGGCUCUACCCCUUUCCAUUGAAAGUUUCAUAGGACAGAAAUGUAACACCGAGCUUGUCAUAUUGAGAAAUGCAUGAAAUUGUAACAGUGUAUAAAGAAAUAUUUUUAAACACUUUUAUUACAAAAUUAGAGUCUAACAAUAGUUCAAUGCCAAAUAUUAUUUAUGUUCUGUUUAUGUCUUAAUCUACAGUAUUCUUAUAUUGUAGUUAACUGUUUGUUGUCAGUUUUUCAUAAGAUAUGUGUUAUGAGUUAUUAUGUUCUUGAACUUUUUUGUUCUAUAUAAUGUGUUUAUAUUAGUGAAAUAUAAAUUAUAUAUGACACAUGAAAAGGG